GGUGGCCGGGCGUGAGGAGAGUUUGCCGUUCGCUUUGGUCGAGUCGACCCGCGAGGCUUUCCCUGCGCGUUCGGAGGAUCAGUGCCGCCCUGCUGCCUUCUCAGCUGACGCCGCCGCCUUGCUCGCGUGUAUCCCGGCGGAGGAUGGUGGGGAUGCUGGGCGGCGAGGGUGGCUGGAGUGUGUCGUUCGCGGGAUGCGGCUUUUUGGGGGUCUACCACAUCGGCGUAGCCACUUGCCUGCAGGAACGCGCCCCGCAUCUCAUCCGCGGCGCCCGCCAGAUCUACGGAGCCUCUGCAGGGGCACUUACCGGCGCUGUCCUCCUCGGAGGCGGCUCUCUGGUGGAAGCUUGUGCUGAUGUUAUGGGUCUAGCCAAAGAAGCCAGAAAACGAAAUCUUGGCCCUCUUCAUCCUUCCUUCAAUGUGAUGAAAAUAAUACGGGAUGGCCUCUACAAACAUCUUCCAGAAAAUACUCAUGAACUGAUAGCAGGGAAACUCUGCAUUUCACUUACCAGAGUGUCUGAUGGCAAAAAUGUGUUGGUAUCCAACUUUAAAUCUAAAGAAGAAGUUGUGCAGGCUUUGCUCUGCAGUUCAUUUGUGCCUAUAUAUUGUGGCCUCAUUCCACCUUCAUUUAGAGGGGUGCGCUAUGUUGAUGGUGGAAUAAGUGACAAUUUACCUCAGUACGACUCAAAGGAUACCAUCACAAUUUCGCCUUUCUCUGGAGAGUGUGACAUAUGUCCAAAGGGAAACUCUGCAAACUUCCAUGAAUUCAAUCUGAAGAAUACCAGCAUUCAGUUUAGCUUAGGGAACUUGUACCGUUUAACACAAGCACUUUUCCCUCCAGAACCCAAGGUGUUAGGAGAAAUCUGUGAACAAGGAUAUUCAGAUGCGCUUAGAUUCUUAAAAGAAAAUGGUUUACUGCAUGAUUCAGUUUCUGUUGAUCUGGUCUUAACAAAGGAACACCACCAGAAAUGUGCACAGACUCCAGAUUAUACUGAUAAAAAAACAAAUCAGGACAAAAAAGAGAUAAAUGAUGAAGAAAUGCUUAUUGAUCAAAUGACAUUACCUGCUUGGCCAUUGGAUAGAACUAUUUUUGAGAAACUGCCUCCUAGACUUCAUAAAGCAUUGCAGGAAGCUUGUAAAGAAAAACUUGGACUCUAUGCUCAGCUUUCUAAAUUUCUACCAAUGCGACUGAUGUCCUAUAUGAUGCUGCCAUAUACUCUUCCAGUUGAGUCGGCAUAUUUUGUGGCCUUAAGAUUAGUAGAUUGGUUUCCUGAUAUUCCUGAUGACAUGCGAUGGAUGCAGGAACAGCUCUGUCAGAUUAUGGGUGCAGUAUAUUCCAAAGCAAGAAAAAGGCUACUGAGUUUUCCCAGUAAAGAAAGUGGUACAUGGAUUAGAAAAUGCCAGACUGCACCAGUGAACACAAGUCUUCACUCUUCCUGUUGCCUUCCUAAAAAACAUCAUUCUUCUACACACCUUGAAGAGUGGCUUUGGGAACUUCCCUACUGUGAAGACUUAGCAAAGAAGAAAGUUGCAGUUGGUAUUAAUGAAGGCUUUGAUGCAAUUCCUCCCUUCUUCAUGAAUUCUGAAGAGUCUGGGGUAGAAGUGGAUUUUGACUCUUCCUCAGAGAAAAGUUUCCAAACUGCUUAUGAAGAUUAGCUUGAGAACUUCAGCAUCAGACAAAGAAAUUUCAAUCUGGAAGGCUUAUGUUCAUCUUGCCAAAUAGUCUUUUUGAUGACUUUGUUUACAAUGGAAGACAAAUUGGCUUUAGGGAAUCUUCUGUGAAAAGAUAAAUGUGCUAUUCUGGUCUAGGUUCCUGAUAAUGAAUUAGGAGAAAGACCAUUGUGCAAGGGAACACUGUUUAUCCAAACAAGGUUUUCAUUAGGAGAAAAGAACAGUCUAAGUUCUCCUGUGCUGAUGUGUUUUUAUAUUGGGACAAUCCAUCUUGCAAAACUGUAGCUUUUUAAAGUAUUUAACUUUUGAAAUGUUGUUUUUCCUGUUUGUCUUUAUAAAUGGUGUUUUAACUUGAGUAAUGUGAAACUACAUAUAUAUAAAGGAUCAGGGCAUAUCCUAACCUUUUGGAAGGACUGUGAUGCUUUUAAUUGCCUUAUCUGUAACUAUAUUUUACUAGUGGAGAGUGUGACCAUCUCAGUUGCACUCCCUGUUGUGAUGCUUCCUUUUCAAGACCACUGUAUAGAGACCAUGUUCAUCUUACUGACCAGUUUGUUUCCUGAGAAAUGUUUUUUUUUGUUGGCAUUGGUGCAGAAGCUGUUGAUCUAAUCCAGACUUCCAGGUUAUACACAUGUGCUGGAGCAUACUAGGGCAUCCUUAUGAACUAAAUUCAAUCCUGGUGAGCAAGAUUACACUUUAAACAUUAUUGGAGAAAGCAACUUGCUGGCCUUUCUCUCUUAGAAAAGCCAUUGAUCAGAAGGGCAACUCUAAUGCAGAUGUUGUUAAGAUGUGUUGUGCAGUUCCCUGAUGCAGAGCAAGUACGUGGAGAGUCAUAUUGUGACUUGGAAUGUGUGGAACUUAAAAGGCUGCCAUUUUCUCUUACAUGUUCUUAAUAGUUGCAAGAAAUAAAGAGAAACUUGAAACAGUGAAUUUUGUGAAUUCCCUGAAGUAGGGAACUCAGAAACCCUAGUGGCAUGAGUUUCACUAAAUUUAAACCAUUUUUAGCCCAGUCCUUACUGACACAAUUGUGUUAAGUGUGCCAAAUAAUUCUAAGUCAUGGCCUUAACAUCAGAAGUUGAAAGACAUUUUAAGUAAUGAACUCUUUGUCAAGUAGCUCUCAUUUUAGUAGCAUGUGUUGUGGUGAUAACAUAAACUCUCUGAAAUACUUGAGAUCAUAUUUGAAGAGUUGUGCAUGGGUACUCUUGGCUUCACAAUGUAUCACUUAAAGUAACAAGGAUACUCAUUUAGGACACAGGAUUUAAACUUUGUUUUCAGAAAUCAGACCUUUCCUGCAGACAGUUAAGCACUCUCCGUCUUGGCCAGUUUUAGGACUGUUUGAUGAGAUGUUCUGUGAUAAUGGUGUGAAUGAUUGUCUCAUUGUAAUAGUCUUAAGGGCCAAUUAAGGGAGGAGUGGCAAGGAACUGCUUAGUUAUUGAUGAGGAAGGUUGUAAAUUGGCAAAUAUCGAUGACUUCACUGGAAGUGGUAAGUCUGAUUAAAAUAUUUUGUAUAUUUUAAAUUAUUCUAAUGAACAACUUAUGGCAGGUUUGGUUUUGACCAAAAAUUAAGCAAUCCUUCAUCUGUGACUUUAUAAUGACAAGCAAAAGAAGCACUUCAGUUCAGUGGGAGAAAUAAACUACUUCAAAGGGUUGAUAGUGUCACAUUAUUAAUAGUGCUGAAAUCAACUUUUUUAUAAUCUUAUUGGUGCUAUUUCAUCCAAGAUACAGUCUUUGACAGAUUGUUCUGUAUGAGAUUUGGUUGUACUCAUUAUUUUAAUAAUUCUGACUAUUUUAAAAUAGGAAUAUUGCUACAGUCACUGACAUUUUUAAGAAAGUGAAAUAAAACUUAAUUUGAAAGACUGUAACUGCUUGAUUCGUUGUAAGAAUGUAUCUGUGGAGAGUUUCAUUAUUGAGGCCUCCCAAAUUUUUGGUUUAGUUGAAAUUUUGAAUGUGCCAUGG